UUGUAGUUUGUUGCAGUCAUAGAGAUAUUAAUGGUUGCAGUUAAUUAAUAUAUUUCAAUAUAUUUGCAAAUGUAGUAUUUUUAAUCAUAUAAAAUCAAUAAUUUGUUUACAGCGCUGUAAAAAUAACUACUUAUUCUCUUUUACCUCGACUACGAUAAGUUUUUAAUGUACAAACAAGUUCUAUAGCUGUGAUCAAAGCGUAGACGCUACCAAUAUGACAGCGGACGAAAAUGCCGAAAUUGAUUGGGGAAACGAAAGGUUGACUCGCGCCCAGCGGGCGGUGGAGGCAAAUCUCUAUGACGUCGAUUCCUGGUCCCUCUUGAUCCGGGAAGCUCAAACGAGGCCUAUAAGUGAGGUUCGGACUAUGUACGAGAAGCUUAUUGCAGCGUUCCCGACCACGGGGAGGUACUGGAAGAUCUAUAUUGAGCAGGAGAUGAAAGCGAGAAACUUUGAAAGAGUAGAAAAGUUGUUUCAGAGAUGCUUGAUGAAGAUCCUGAAUAUCGAACUGUGGCGCCUCUACCUCAACUACGUUAAGGAAACUAAAUGCAUGUUACCUACCUACAAAGAGAAAAUGGCGCAGGCGUACGAUUUUGCGUUAGACAAGAUUGGCUUGGACAUCCAUGCUUACCCAAUCUGGAAUGACUAUGUGACAUUUCUGAAAGCAGUCGAUGCAGUGGGCUCUUAUGCUGAGAAUCAGAAGAUUUCUGCUGUUAGAAAGGUAUAUCAACGAGCUGUUAUAACACCUAUAAUUGGUAUCGAAACUCUAUGGAAAGACUACAUAGCAUUUGAACAAGGCAUCAAUACUAUUAUUGCGGAACGUAUGGCAAUGGAACGAUCUCGCGAAUACAUGAACGCGCGAAGAGUUGCCAAGGAAUUAGAGACAGUGACUCGAGGCCUGAACAGAAACAUGCCUGCCACGCCGCCCACCGCCGACCGGGAGGAGAUGAAACAGGUGGAACUGUGGAAGAAAUAUAUAACCUGGGAGCGUUCGAACCCUCUACGCUCGGAAGACACCGCGCUCGUGGCCCGACGCGUCAUGUUCGCUAUAGAGCAGUGUCUGUUGUGUCUAGCUCACCAUCCGGACGUAUGGCAUCAAGCUGCACAGUUUCUAGAUCAUUCUGCAAAGCUUUUACAGGAGAAAGGGGACUCCAACGCUGCCCGUCUGUUCUCUGACGAGGCGGCCGCUGUAUACGAGAGGGCCACGAGCGGCCCGCUCAAACAUUCCACUCUGCUGCACUUCGCCCACGCGGAUUACGAAGAGAGCAGGCUGCACUAUAAUAAGGUCCAUCAAGUAUAUACGCGUUAUUUGGACAUGGAAGACAUCGAACCCACACUAGCAUACGUGCAGUACAUGAAAUUCGCGCGCCGAGCUGAGGGCAUCAAAUCCGCUAGAACCGUGUUUAAACGCGCUAGGGAGGACCCCAGGUCCCAGUACCACGUGUUUGUCGCGGCGGCCCUGAUGGAGUACUAUUGCUCGAAGGACAAGAACAUCGCGUUCCGUAUCUUCGAGCUCGGCCUCAAGAAGUUCUCGCACUGCCCCGAAUACGUGCUUUGCUAUAUCGACUACUUGUCACAUCUUAACGAGGACAACAAUACGCGCGUACUAUUCGAGCGUGUUCUAUCAUCAGGCAGUCUUAAACCAGAGAGCUCGGUGGAUAUUUGGAACAGGUUUCUGGAGUUUGAGUCCAACAUUGGUGACUUGGUCAGUAUUGUGAAGGUGGAGAAACGAAGACAGGCGGUUCUUGAAAAGAUCAAAGAGUUCGAAGGCAAAGAGACUGCUCAGUUGGUGGAUAGAUACAAGUUCUUGGAUCUCUACCCUUGUAGUAUCGCCGAGUUGAAAUCUAUUGGGUAUACUGAGGUAGCAUCGAUGUCCAACAAAUCGUGGGCUCUUGGCGGACCUCUGGCGGGCAUAUCGCCAGAACUAGCGGCGGUCAUAUUGGGUCAAAAGGAUAAUGAUCCGAACAAGGACAUAGCGAGACCUGACACUAAUCAGAUGAUUCCCUACAAGCCAAAGGCUAACCCACUGCCAGGAGAGCACCCUAUAUCGGGCGGUACGUUCCCGAUGCCACCGGCCGCGGCGCACUUGUGCACGCUAAUGCCGCCGCCCUCGAGCUUCCGAGGGCCCUUCGUGGCGGUCGACAGACUCAUUCAGCUGUUCAACAGGAUCUCGCUGCCUGACAAACCGCCUGCUCCAAGCCAAGAAAACGGCUGUGACACCAAACUGUUCGACCUAGCUCGCUCCGUGCAUUGGAUAGUGGAUGAUGACGGUAUCAGCACUAAUAACAAGGCUCGUCGAAGAAAAGCAGGUGAGGAUUCCGAUGACGACGAGCUGGGCGUGGCGCCGCCGCUCAAUGACAUUUACAGGCAGCGACAGCAGAAGAGAGUGAAAUAAGAUUUUAUUACUAUAUAAUAUACAAUAUGAAGUGUUCCAAUCAAAUAUUGCUGACAUAAAACGAAGUAAAUAAUGUUU